UAAUAAGAAACCAAAAUGAUAUUUUAAUCUUCUAAUAAUAAGAGCAUGAUAAAUACUCGUGGUGCUUAAUGCAGUUCUAUAAAUUUCCCUCUAAAAAUUGCUCCUUCUGUCCUUCGCCUUUCUCAUUCCUCUGCUGUGAUAAACCUUCCUUCAUCCUUCAUCCUUCAUCCAACGCAACAAUGGCGUCUUCUUCUUCUUCUUCUUCUUCUUCCUUCUCCGAUCACUACCUCCAAAUUUUCUUCUCACUUAUGGCCUUCGCCCUCUCUGCAUUCAUCUUCUUCCUCACCCAAAAACGCACCUCUAAGCCACGACUCAAUCUCCCGCCGGGACCCCGCGGCUGGCCGGUCGUCGGAAACCUCUUCCAGGUCGCUCGCUCUGGCAAGCAUUUCUUCGAAUACGUUGAAGACACCCGCCAGAUUUACGGCCCAAUCUUCACUCUCCAGAUGGGCUCUCGCACCACGAUCAUCUUGUCCGGCGCCGACCUCAUUCACGAAGCCUUAAUCAAGCGCGGCCCUACUUUCGCCAGCCGCCCCGCUGAGAAUCCCACUCGAAUCAUCUUCAGCAACAACAAGUUCUCCGUCAACGCCGCCGUCUACGGCUCCAUCUGGCGCUCCCUCCGCCGAAACAUGGUCGAGAACAUGCUCUCAUCUAGCCGUUUGAAGGAAUUUCGCGACGUCAGAAAAAACGCCAUGGAUAAGCUUGUUCAACGCAUUCGAACAGACGCCGCCGCCAACGGCGGUGCCGUUUGGGUAUUGAAGAAUGCUCGAUUCGCUGUGUUCUGUAUUCUCUUGGCGAUGUGCUUUGGAUUAGAAAUGGACGAGGAAUCGGUUGAGAAAAUGGAUCAAGUUCUUAAAACUGUUCUGAUCACCGUCGAUCCGAGAAUCGACGAUUUUCUCCCGAUUUUGAGGCCGUUCUUCGCCAAGCAUUGGAAACGCGCCAUGGAAGUCAGAACAGAGCAAAUCGAAUUCGUCGUACAGUUCAUCAAUCGAAGGAAAAGAGCAAUUCAAAAUCCAGGUUCAGACAUUAACGCAACUUCAUUUUCGUACCUCGAUACGCUCUUUGAUCUCAAGGUCGACGGCCGGAAAUCUUCCCCGACGGACGCCGAAUUAGUCACUCUCUGUUCCGAAUUCCUCAACGGCGGCACCGACACGACGGCGGCCGCCAUCGAAUGGGGAAUCGCAGAGCUAAUCAUAAACCCUAGCAUUCAGAAAAAACUACACGAAGAAAUCAAGCAAUUAGUAGGCGAUAGAAAAGUAGACGAAUGUGACAUUGAGAAAUUGCCUUAUCUUCAAGCGGUAGUGAAGGAAUUGCUGAGAAAGCAUCCGCCGACGUACUUUACGCUGACACAUUCGGCUACCGAAACGACAAAAUUGGCCGGAUACGACAUUCCGAAGGAGGCGAGUGUGGAGGUUUAUUUGGCCGGGAUCAGCAACGAUCCGAAACUGUGGAAGAAUCCGGAGAAAUUUGAGCCGGAGAGAUUCAUGUCCGGCGUGGAAGAGGUGGAUAUGACGGGGAUUAAAGGAAUGAAAAUGAUUCCGUUCGGAGUUGGACGGAGAAUUUGCCCUGGUUUGGGAAUGGCGACGAUUCACGUUCAUCUGAUGCUGGCGAGGUUGGUUCAGGAAUUUGAAUGGAGUUCAUAUCCGCCGAACAGUAAAUUGGAUCUCACGAAGAAGUAUGAAUUUACAGUUGUGAUGAAGAAUUCUCUCAGAGCGAUUGCCACAACCAGAGCUUGAAGAAGUAGAAGAAAGGUUUAUUGUUCUUGAUGGUUACGUUUCCUUUUACUAGAAAUUAUUGAAUUAAUAUAUUUUCCUUUUUCGUAAGCUAUUUUUGCUGAUUAUCAAAUUAUAUCCGCUAUUUUCUUAUAUUUUAACUCUUAAAAAAAAAAAAUUGUUAUAUUUUAACUCUUAGAUUAUUUAUAGAUGUUGUUGGCCCCUUAUAAAAUUGUAUGUUGGAUUCAUCUUUGUCAUGAACUACGACGUUUUGCAGCCUUUUGGCUAGGAUGUUUAUAUACACGGAUGAAUUAUUUAUUUA